UCUAACAGCCGUUUGAACACGCUGACUAUGUUUUGUCUGUGUUGAAAAUCUGAAAUCAUAUCUGUCUUUGAUCGUAUUGUAGAUAGGUGUGUAUUCAUUAGUCGGAUUCCGUUGUAAAACGUUUUGUCUGUUUGCAACGGAAAUCGUUUACUCCAAACAUAAAUCGUGUUGCAACGAAAACGAGAGUUUCUAUUUAUUGGACAAAUUCAGGUCUGGUUGAUCGAGACGUUGUGUUGUCUGGUGGCAGUAACCAUGGAAUCCGCCUGUCGCAAAGACAAGCCAAAACUGAAUUCCACUCCUACCAGAGGCGACAGGGCUAAGCAGAAAUCCGCCCAGCAGGAACUGAAACAGCGCACAGAGAUCUACGCCCUGAAUAAGGUGAUGACCGAGCUGGAGCAGCAACAGUUUGAAGCCUUCUGUAAGCAGAUGCAGUCCCAGGGAGAGUGACUGACACACCGACAACCUCCCCACAGCCCCACCGGAACCUUAACCUCCAGCAGCCCUGUCCCAAAGCACAACUACAGGCUCAACCAGUAAAACCAUUUCUUACAUAUCACACAGACACAUUGAACUGUGAGUGGCUGGUCCUGUUACGUAGCGAUUGCCAUAGACAAUUAUGUGGAUCACUGCUGGUCACCUUUGUGUGUUCUCGCCUGUUGCCUUUCCUGUCCUCUCAUGGGCUGGAACGCUCUUGUUUGCUGGUAUGUGUAAUGUUGUCACCGCACCAGUCACCAUGUUAAACACUGUUCUCGGGCAAGGAGUGUAUUUUUAUUUUUUAUUUAACCUUUAUUUAACUAGGCAAGUCAGUUAAGAACAAACUCUUAUUUACAAUG